AUGUAUCUCAUCGACGUUCAAGACUUGGAACACUUGACUAUUCGGCAUUUCGAGGGCGACCCACCACCCUACGCCAUCCUCUCGCACAAAUGGGGCAAGGAGGAAGUUACUUAUCAUGAGUCCCACAAGUUGGUCGGCUCGCAGAACGCCGCGGCGCUCAAGAAGAGCUUUGAGAAGAUCAAGAAGUGUUGCAAACAAACAGCGGCUGACGGCCUCCGCUACGUUUGGGUCGACACGUGCUGCAUUGACAAGCGGAGCUCAGCUGAAUUGUCUGAAGCCAUCAACUCCAUGUUCAAUUAUUACCGCGAUGCGGUAAUCUGCUACGCUUUUCUUGAAGAUGUGAUAUCGUCCGAAAAGCCUACCUCACCAGAGUCGCAGUUUGGAAAGAGUACCUGGUUCGCUCGAGGAUGGACGCUCCAAGAACUUUUGGCACCAUCUAUUGUCGUCUUCUUCAACUCGACCUGGGAGAAUAUUGGGACCCGCGAGGAGCUGAGACCUGUGAUAUCGGCCGUGACACACAUCUCUCCCAGCUUCUUCACCGACGGUGACAUGGAGAAAUUCAGUGUUGCACAGAAGAUGUCAUGGGCGUCUCGUAGGCAGUGCACCAGAGUUGAAGACGAGGCUUAUUGCUUACUCGGUAUCUUUGGCGUCAACAUGCCACUAUUGUACGGCGAGGGCAUCCGCGCCUUCAUACGGCUUCAAGAGGAGGUCAUGAAGGUUUCAGACGAUCAGUCGCUCUUUGCUUGGGCACCCCCGAAGCCUCAAAGCUUAUCUGAGUACGACUUUUCCAACACUGACUCAACCAAGCUGAACGGGGGGCUGUUGGCGCCGUCUGCUGCGCAUUUCCAGGCAUCAGGUAACAUAAUACGAGCAUCAUCGUCGAGAUCAAGCUUGGAGCCUCCAUGGGCGAUGACCAACAAGGGUCUGAGAAUAUCGUUACCCCUUGUCGACGCCAACUCAGUCCCCUCUGUACAGACACUCAACACCUACCCACACCGAACUCUUGCCAUACUUGACUGCCGCUACGAAGAUGAUGAGACUUCGAAACUUGCUGUCUUCCUGGGCGGUCCGGAGAGGCUACAAGACAUUGAACCUAGGAGCCAUCUACCCAUCGGCCCCUUCGUCCGGACAGACUAUAGACGCGGCCUGAUAAAAGUGAACGAAAAUUCCGUAGGUACACCAGCGAAACAACGAGAGCUCCUCAUAAGACCCAAAGAGUCCUCCAGCAGCAACCGUCCGUGGCCAAACUAUAGGGACGGCAGACUCGUCCUCAUCGAAGCUCUCCCCCCCGCCGUCAGGGGCUUCAAACUUACCGAGACGAUCCCCCAGAUCCAAUGGAAGUCGCAAAAAGACACCGGGGUCACAUCAUUUCGCCUGUCAAAGAGUAACUUCAGCUACGGCCGCGUAGCACUGAUGUUCAAACAUCUCGAAGGCUAUGCUUUCCUAUUAAUCAUUAAGCCGCAGAGCCACUACGACUCCUUCCCGCGGUUCGAUGUCCAAUGCGCGAUGAACGUCAACCGUGCCGAGCAGAGGAAGGACUGGAAGGACCGCUUCUACAACAAGAUGACGCUGGGCAGCGGCGUGUUCCAGGACACGCCCCUGACGCCCGAGACCCCUGACGGACGCUACCGUCUGAGGCUGAAGGUACGACAGCUACAGCAUGCCCUCAUGAUUAAUCUGAACAAUGUGGGCGACGGUACCAGGGGUUCACCAAACGACCGCAGGCUUCUGAGUCCCGGCUCUCCUAGGGCACUGAUGAUGCCCCCUCCCAUUCUCAGGGACGGCUAG